UGGCAGACCUGUGACAUUCACUGAUCUCUUGUCAGUGGCAACUGUCUAAAAUUCUCAAAAUGAACACUCUACUGUCGUCCCUCUCCAGACUGAGUGGAUUAACUCGUCUCGGCAGCAGCAUCCCUGCAGGGAGCCUUGCAACAACAGGCAUCCCCCAUCUCAGAUUAUUUAGCAGCUGGAUUACGGCCCGAGCAACUUCAGCACCUCUGAUUUCCAGAUGCGGUCCACUUUCUUCACAAGCUGAGGGCUCAGGAGUGUUCCAGCAGCUUCCCUGCCAGUACCAGCAGAUUCGGACAAAGAAAAGAGGCACCGAGUAUCAACCCAAGAACAUCAAGCGCAAGAGAACCCACGGGUGGAUCAAGAGGGUCAGCUCUCGAGGAGGCAUAGAAGUGAUUCUGCGGCGCAUGCUGAAAGGACGGAAAUCACUGUCACACUAAAGGUUCCUGUUGGAAAACCUGAUGAGACUGUCAAGUAAUAAAAGACAUUUGUUCUGAAAUGCUGGAGCUGCUCAGCCAAUGGGAAAGAACGUCUGUAAUGUGUGACCUGGUGAUACUGGGUGUGGUUUAGGUUUGGUCUUCCCACUGCAUUGAUAAUAGGUGGGAGAGUUGAAACUGGCCCUCGACAAACAAGAAAGAAGUCAGGUAGUUUCACCCAAUUAGUGUUGAUGGACCUGAUUCCACCCAAAUCAAAUAAUACUCAACAUCUCUGUCAAGUUGUAAUCUUUAAUGUAAGCAGAUUUAUUGAUUUGGCUUGUGAUGUGAUUCACAUCUUUAGCAUCUUUAAUAAAAAAUGAUCUU